CCUGACUGCAGUGCAGAGCUUAGCUCAUGCAGAGAGUUGCUUCUUGCAAAGGAACUUUUGUAAACAUGUCAGGUCCCAUCCUGGGACCACAGUAGCCUUUAGCUAUUUUCUACUGUGCUGGGAGAUGAAGGAGACUCUUCCCAGGUGCUGAAAUAGCAGCAGAGACAAGAGGCUUGGCGCAGUGUGAAGUACCCCCCGAGCUGGCUGGACAGACCCUGAGAUGACGAUAGGGAGCAUGGAGAACGUGGAGGUCUUCACUUCCGAGGGCAAAGGCAGAGGUCUGAAGGCCACAAAGGAGUUCUGGGCUGCAGAUGUCAUCUUUGCCGAGCGGGCUUAUUCCGCAGUGGUUUUUGACAGCCUGGUGAACUUUGUGUGCCACACCUGCUUCAAGAGGCAGGAGAAGCUCCAUCGCUGCGGGCAGUGCAAGUUCGCCCACUACUGUGACCGCACCUGCCAGAAGGACGCCUGGCUGAACCACAAGAAUGAGUGUUCUGCCAUCAAGAGAUAUGGGAAGGUGCCCAAUGAGAACAUCAGGCUGGCAGCACGAAUCAUGUGGCGGGUGGAGAGAGAGGGCACCGGGCUCACAGAAGGCUGUCUGGUGUCCGUGGAUGACCUGCAGAACCAUGUGGAGCACUUUGGGGAAGAAGAGCAGAAGGAGCUACGAGUGGACGUGGACAUGUUCUUGCAGUACUGGCCACCCCAGAGCCAACAGUUCAGCAUGCAGUACAUCUCGCACAUCUUUGGAGUGAUCAACUGCAAUGGCUUCACACUCAGUGACCAGAGAGGCCUGCAGGCGGUGGGAGUGGGCAUCUUUCCCAACCUGGGCCUGGUGAACCAUGACUGUUGGCCUAACUGCACAGUCAUAUUCAACAAUGGCAAUCAUGAGGCAGUGAAAUCCAUGUUUCACACCCAGAUGAGGAUUGAGCUCCGGGCCCUGGGUAAGAUCUCAGAAGGAGAGGAGCUCACAGUGUCCUACAUUGACUUCCUCAAUGUCAGUGAAGAACGCAAGAGGCAGCUGAAGAAGCAGUACUACUUUGACUGCACAUGUGAGCACUGCCAGAAAAGGCUGAAGGAUGACCUCUUCCUGGGGGUGAAAGAGGACCCCAAGCCCUCUCAAGAAGUGGUGAAGGAGAUGAUACAAUUCUCGAAGGACACCCUGGAAAAAAUAGACAAGGCUCGAUCUGAGGGUUUGUAUCAUGAGGUUGUAAAGCUCUGCCGGGAGUGCCUGGAGAAGCAGGAGCCGGUGUUUGCCGACACCAACCUGUACACGCUUCGGAUGCUGAGUGUGGUUUCUGAGGUCCUCUCCUACCUCCAGGCCUUUGAGGAGGCCGCACACUAUGCCAGAAGGAUGGUGGAUGGCUACAUGAAGCUCUAUCACCCCAACAAUGCCCAGCUGGGCAUGGCUGUGAUGCGGGCAGGGCUGACCAACUGGCACGCUGGUAACAUUGAGGUGGGGCAUGGGAUGAUCUGCAAAGCCUAUGCCAUUCUCCUGGUGACACACGGACCCUCCCACCCCAUCACCAAGGACUUAGAGGCCAUGCGGGUACAGACAGAGAUGGAGCUGCGCAUGUUCCGCCAGAAUGAAUUCAUGUACCACAAGAUGCGCGAGGCCGCCCUCAACAAUCAGCCCAUGCAGGUCAUGGCAGAGCCGAGCAAUGAGCCAGCCCCAGCUCUGUUCCAUAAGAAGCAGUGAGGACCUGGGAUGGGGAGCAACAUGGCACUGGGGAGAGUUUCUGGAUGGGAUGGGUCUCUCCAGAGACCCUUGAAGAGGAAAUCAGGGUAAUUCGCCACCUUGUGUCCAAGGAAAGGUACUGCCCUUGAUCCCCAGUGUCAUUUGGGUUCAAUUCGACAUAUUUCAACCCAAUUUAACUCUAUCUCAUCCUUGCAGAACUCCUCCUAUAAAUAGUUUAUAGGCGUGCUACAUCCUAGCACUCAAUAAAGGAACACAAAUAUAACUGGAGGCAAAAUGUAAACAGACAAUGAAAGCACAAUGUGAUUCCAAAUGCAUUGGUGAACUGUAUGGAGAGAGGGGUAGUGCAGAGGGAGGUGUGUGUCUCGCAUAUGUCUGGUGCAUGUGUUAUGUGUGCUGUGGGGUGGUCAUGGAGAGGAUGACAUCCAAGCUGAGGGUGCUUCUAAGACCCUGGUGUCCUACUGGGUUCUCACUUGUCUGAGCAGGUGUUUCUGGGGCUGUUGGUCUCUACCAUUGUCUAGAACUUUAGUAUUUAGAAGACUAGUGUUGAUGAUGCCCAGUUUCCUCAGGCUGAUGUGGAGUUCUGAGGAAGGGCUAUGCUUGGCCAUUUAGGAUCUACUCAGUGAGCUGAAAACCCUUCAGAAUGGUGCAAUCCAGAAAGAGGUAGCAAUCUUCCUAAUCACCCCAAGGUCUCAAUUUAUUCCGAAUUUCAAGUAUAAUUUUAGAAAUAAUUCUAGAACACACAAGAAAGUGAGUAUCUCCCUUCCUUUCCCUCAUCGCCAAGGCUUAAGGCUGUUUCGAUGUGGGGUCUACUUAAUACAAUGUCUAAGACUUUUCUGGCCAGUGGCAUAGGAGAAUUUAAAAAAUCAUCCUGGGGUGAAUGUUUUCAGGGUGACACAGGGUGAAGCACACAUGCAUGAUGAUCAUGGCCCAGCAGAUUUGGCUUUGGCUUACCUUGCCUAAUUUCCUUUUCUGCUCAUUACCUGGGGGUUCUGCUCUUUGCACCAGAAGGAGCGCUCUUCCUACCUGGGUUAGGAGCUCAUUAGAGGUGUGACAAAUUUAUCCUCAUUCUCUGGGAGGCAUUGUGAUUUCUAUCUCAUAAGUGAAAUUCUUAGGGAUUAACCAAUCCCAAGCAUAGCUUAUUAUCUUUUGAGAUUCCAGAUUUUUCAUGAAAGAUUUUGGAAAUCUUAGAACACAACCCUUCCAUUAAAGGUAUCACUAAGAUUUCUACACAUCUUUGAUCUAACAUUGAACCUAGAACUCUACUUAAUGUCUUGAAGUCAAGCAAUCCCACCAAGCUCCAUAUUUAUUUAUCCCUGCCUAAAAUGUUAGCUCCUCUACUCCACCUUUCAUCCCUAGAAUUACACAUUGUCUCCCUUUGACCCCUGUCCAUGGGCUGAAGACCCUGAAAAUGAGUCACUUCUUUGCAGAGUACAUACUUGACAUUUGGCUCUUUGUUGAGAUCAUUUUCUUCUCUGGAGGGUUUUGUACGAAUUCUGACAAGUUUUCAGGCCCACAUCCUAAAGAUGAGACAACACUGAGCCCCUCCCUGGGUUCCAACAAGCAUAUUGAAAUUAUCAUUUUUGUCCCCUUAUUUAACACCCUUCCCUUUGUCAUUGUUGUCUGUUCACCCACUGGUCUUUCUCCCAUAUUCACAUCAUUUUCUCCAUGCCAUCAUCCAAAAUUUGUUGUCUUCAAUGAAUUGUGCUCUGUGCCUAUGCUCCUCCUUCCCCCUUCCCUCUCAGACCAUGGAACAGGAUUCCUUCUUCUCUCACAAACCUAAACUCUAUACCUGUGCCUUGGACUCCUUGCUCUCCUGUGUCUUUGAGACCUUGGUUAUUAUUCCUUCUCCUUUCUGGAUUCUUGACCUUUGUCCACCACCAGCAUGCUUUAGUGUAGUAGACAAACAUGCACAUGACUCUUGGACCAUAAUCUUCAUGGCUGAGUAUUCUUCUGGUGUAUAGUUAUUAUAUGCUUGCCCUCACUUUCCAUUUCUUUCAGAAUGCACUACAGACUGGCUUCCAUUCAUGCUCCUCCACUAAAUGGCUCUGGCCAAGAUCAACUGGGUACUUGUUAGUCCUUACAUUAUUUAGUCUCUCUCUGUGAAUAAGACCCCCAGCCUUGAUUUCUGUGACCCCAUAUCCUCAGGAUAUCCUCUGAUGUGGUUUCUCAAGCUCUUCCACUUGACCAGGUUCUCCACCUGGCCUGAUGGGUUGGCAUUUCUUGGGUGGGUUCUGACCUUGAUUCAUUCUCUCCUCACUCUGCAGUACUCCCUGCAUGGGCUUAGGCAGGCCCUUUCUGUAAUGCCCACCUUGAGGUUGAUGACUCUCACAUCUGCACUCCCUGACCUUGCACUUGAACUCCACCUCUGCACAGCCUCUUGGAUAUUCUACAAACACAUCAAACUCUGUAUGUCCACGAUGAGACUCUUUUGCUUUCCCCUCUUUCUCAACAUGUAUUACCUUGAGAACACCACUCAGAAAGAUCACGUCCUCCAUCGGCAGGCUCCUAAAGGCUAGGGCUGUGUAACUUCAUUCAUCUUUCUAGCCCCAGAACCUAACACAAGUCCUGGGAAAGGAUAGGUACUCAGUAAAUGUGUGUUGAAUAAAUGAAUGAAUGACCAGUUGAGUGAAUUUGCUUUUCUCAGAGCAAAAGAGACAUGAAACUGCCUUUGAGUUUUUAUGUUAAAGCAGUCAACAAUGCCCAUUAAACUCUCUGUGUUUCCAAACAAACA